UCUUCUUGCCAUGUCUCUGUCAACACACACACACACACUCAACUCAUCAGAACAGAACCAUAUUUGUACUCACUCUCUAUACUCUUUGAGGAUUGUUCCUUCUUUCUUAUCUUUGCUUUAAAUCUCCCAUCAUUUUUUCAGUGGUCCAUUCCUUCUUCCCUUUCACACCAUUUUCACUUUCAUUCUCUUCUGUACCUCUCUGCUUCUUCAUCAAUGACCGUUCAAUGGAACUUAAAAUGCUACAAUGAUAUAAAACACUUCUCUAGGAUCACUUUAGAUGUCAGUAACAUUUUACUAUUUCUGUAGAGGAAUCUUUGUCAUUAGAUUCUUUCGCUUUUUAGUUUAGUCUUAUAGAAAAUUAAGGAAACUAGUUAGAGCCAAAAAAAUAAAAUAAAGAAUCUAUGAUGGUUAUAGUUAUUGAGUGAUAGGCAAUUUUAGUCGGGUUAUUAGUUUAGUUGUGAUAAUGAGUCGUGAACUAUCGAAGCGAGGGAAGCAUGAAAAAGGUUCUGAUGGUGCUGGAAAGGUUAUUGUUGCUGUCAAGGCGUCGAAGGAAAUUCCAAAGAGUGCUCUUGUUUGGUCUCUAACUCAUGUUGUUCAACCUGGUGAUUGCAUUACAUUGCUAGUGGUUGUACCUUCACAAAGUUCAGGCCGAAAAUUAUGGGGUUUUCCGAGGUUUGCUGGUGACUGUGCUAAUGGACACAAGAAGUCAACAAUCCUGGGAGCUAGUUCAGAGCACAAAAAUGAUAUAACUGAUUCUUGCUCUCAAAUGAUCCUUCAGCUCCAUGAUGUCUAUGAUCCAAAGAAGAUAAAUGUCAGGAUUAAAAUUGUUUCUGGAUCACCUUGUGGAGCAGUGGCCGCAGAAGCCAAGAAAGCUCAAGCCAAUUGGGUCGUAUUAGAUAAACAGCUCAAGCAUGAGGAAAAACAAUGCAUGGAAGAGCUGCAGUGCAACAUUGCGGUUAUGAAAGGUUCCCAAGCUAAGGUGCUUCGCUUGAAUUUGGUUGGAUCACAAAAGAAGGAUCUUGAAGAAACAUGUCCAUUAUCUUCCGAGCAGCGUGUGAUGCCUGGAAAACAAGCCAAGAAGAAAAACGGUUCUUUUAAUUCCACCACAAUAGGACAAGUUGUCACACCUACUAGCAGCCCCGAGCUAGAGACAUCAUUUACUGCAACUGAAGUUGGCACUUCAUCAGUUUCAAGCUCUGAUCCUGGAACUUCACCGUUUUUCGCCUCUGAAAUCAUUGUCGAGUCAAAGAAAGAGGAAACUAUCACCGAAAAUCAAGAAACUGAUGAUAUCAUUUCUGACACAGACAGUGAAAAUUUGUCCGCUUCUUCUGCAAGCUUGAGGUUUCAGCCGUGGAUUGCAGAUUUAUUUUUACAUAAACAAUCAUCUCAACGUGAAGACGAAAGAUCGGACUCAGAGAGAUCUUGUGACAGGCUUCAAAUGUCUACAACUAGAGCUUUGCUAGAAAAGUUCUCAAGGCUUGACAGAGAAGCCGAAAUUGAAAACUCAACUUAUAAGACUAACAUGGAAUUCAGUGGAAGCGUAAGAGAAGCAGUAGCGUUAUCUAGAAAUGCCGCACCUGGCCCACCACCAUUAUGUUCAAUAUGUCAACACAAAGCUCCGGUAUUUGGAAAACCUCCAAGAUGGUUCAGCUAUGCUGAGUUGGAGCUAGCCACUGGUGGAUUUUCACCAGCCAACUUCUUGGCAGAAGGAGGAUUUGGAUCUGUUCACAGAGGAACUCUACCAGAAGGGCAAGUCAUUGCUGUCAAGCAACAUAAAUUGGCUAGUUCUCAGGGUGAUCAUGAAUUCUGCUCAGAGGUAGAAGUCCUGAGUUGUGCACAGCACCGGAAUGUUGUUAUGUUGAUUGGCUUCUGUAUUGAGGAUAAGAGAAGGCUGCUGGUUUAUGAAUAUAUAUGCAACGGAUCAUUGGACACUCAUUUAUAUGGGAGACAACGGAAACCAUUAGAAUGGUCAGCUCGUCAGAAAAUUGCUGUCGGGGCUGCUCGUGGAUUGCGAUAUCUUCAUGAAGAGUGCAGGGUGGGAUGCAUUGUUCACCGUGACAUGCGGCCUAACAACAUUCUUAUCACUCAUGAUUUUGAGCCACUGGUUGGUGAUUUUGGACUUGCAAGGUGGCAGCCUGAUGGAGACACUGGAGAGGAGACUAGAGUUAUUGGAACAUUUGGGUAUUUGGCUCCUGAAUAUACUCAAAGUGGACAAAUAACUGAAAAGGCUGAUGUUUAUUCCUUUGGAGUGGUAUUAGUGGAGCUUGUGACAGGGCGCAAAGCUGUGGAUAUCAACCGGCCCAAGGGACAACAGUGUCUUACUGAGUGGGCACGGCCACUUUUAGAAGAGUAUGCCAUUGAGGAGCUGAUUGAUCCAAUGUUGGGAAGUCACUAUUCAGAACAUGAGGUCUCUUGCAUGAUACAUGCGGCAUCCUUAUGCAUAAGGCGAGAUCCUUACUCUAGACCACGCAUGUCACAGGUUUUGCGAAUACUAGAGGGUGACACGGUCAUGGAAUCGCCACGCCAUUAUGGUGGUUCUCCUUCCCUUUGAAGCUAAGAACUAAACUACAGACAUGCCUAUUGGAAAAGUGGUUCACUGUGAAAACUGCAUUCUUACCCUACGUUUGGAUUUUAUAGUUUUAUUUCUAUAUUUCUGCAAUGAUAUAAUUUUGUAUUUGUAUAGUAGAGGGAACGUAGGAUUAACAAAGUAAUGAAUAUAUAGAAUAGAAGCUAAACCCUUGAAAUUCUUUUAAGAAAUUUUGUAAACAUGUGCCUGUAUAAAUGGCCUUGGACAAACUCAUGGAGCUUUAUAGUAUAUGGCUCUUCUAUGCUCUAUUGCUCUCCAAGUGGAUAAAAAAGCUUUUUUGUAAACU